CGUUCCCGCUGAACUGUGUGGAAGUUUCCCUGCAAGUUGAGAAAGACAAGAGGACUGUAGCGAGCGGAGCGACCCAAGUAACUGCGAUAAAGAAGAUACAAGAAAAAAAACAACAACCUGGAAUGGAAGCGUACAUUAAUCAAUGUUUGCUGUAAUAUUUAAAAGUGAACUCUGCUUGGUGCUUGUGGGGUUAACUCGCUGGAGUAGUCAAGUCGUCUGCGUCAGGCUGGAAGUACUGACUGACCUUUGAAUUUUGAGUCACUGGAAGUAAAUACGUCACAGCCUGACUGAGCAGGCCCACUGUCACCCCUCCCUCACUAUCCUGACACAGCCUCUAUGCUUAUCAACUUGAGUGUUGCCUGCAAGGAACCUCGUGCCUUUCAUGGAACACUCCCUGAACCUCCCUCCGCUGUGGAAGUGACAGCCAUGGAUUCACGUCCAGUGCUGGUCGCUCCUCUGCCACCUCCCCCGGCCCCUCCGCCGCCUCCGCCGCCUCCUCCGCCUCCACCUGGCUCUCCUUCCUCCUCCUCACCUUUUAGCCGGACAGACAGCGCCCGUCGCAGCCGGCUAAGGAAGCUGAACUGGGAGCGGAUCCCUAAAGAGAAGGUGGAGGGGAGGAAGAGUGUGUGGAGUGGGGCAGCCCAGGACGAGGAUGAGUUCCCAAUUGACCUUCACUCUCUGGACGAGCUGUUUGGACAGAAGGACAGUAAGCCUCAGGACAGAACGGGCACCUUAAGGCGCAGGUCUUCCUUGCUGCGCUGCAGAUCUCCACAGGACAGCCCAGAGGAGAUCUCCCUGUUGGACUCCAAACGCAGCAUGAACAUUGGAAUAUUUUUACGCCAGUUUAAGAUGCCUGCUAAGGAGAUAGUUGAAGAUAUCAGGCAGGGUGCUGGGGACCGUUACGGAGCGGAGAAGCUCACAGAACUCUGCAAACUGCUGCCUGACAGUGAGGAGGAGUCUCGCCUGAGGAAGUUCAGUGGGGAGCGGAGCUGGCUUGGAGAGCCUGAUCUUUUUCUACUGCUGUUAGUGGAAAUCCCCAGCUUUCGGCUACGUCUGGAUGCCAUGAUCCUGCAACAAGAGUUCGACCCUGCUGUGACCUCUCUGUGUGUGGCAGCCAGAUGUCUGAGGGAGGCGGCCAGAGAACUGCUGAGCUGUCCUGAAUUACACUCUAUCCUACGUUUGGUGCUGAAAGCAGGAAACUAUAUGAAUGCUGGUGGAUAUGCUGGGAAUGCCGCUGGUUUCCGGAUUUCAUCGCUUCUCAAACUGGCUGACACCAAAGCCAACAAGCCGGGCAUGAACCUGCUACAUUUUGUUGCCAUGGAAGCUGUGAAAAAGGACCAGAGUUUACUGUCAUUUCCCAGCCAACUAGGCCAUGUUGGCUCCGCCUCCAGGUUGUCUGAGGAGUCUGUGCUUGAGGACUUAUCCAAGUUAAAAAGCAGAGUGGCAUCCCUCAAGGCAAACAUCCAGACUGAGGCAGAGACCCAGCAGCAUACAAAACCUUUCUUAGAGAUGGCUGAGGAACGUCUGAAGGAGGCAGAGGAUGAAGUAGAAGGUAUGAGGAUGUCAAGUCAGGCACUGGUGGAGUUCUUCUGUGAAGAUGACAGCACAUUCAACGUGGAGGAGGCCUGCAGGGUCUUCCAUUCGUUCUGCCACCGCUUCCAGAGAGCUGUCCAGGAAAAUGCAGAGAGGGAACUGAAGGAACGGAAACGGCUGGAACGUCAACGUGAGAUUGGGGAAAAGCGUCGCUCUCUGGCUGUUUGUACGGGGCUGGACCUCAGCCUCAGCCAAGCCAGAGAACCUCAGAGUCAGGGAGACCAAGACGAACUGGAAAAACUUUUGGAGAAGAAUUUGAGCCACACUUGGAGUCGACGUAGCCUGAGAAGCUCCGACUCCCGCAGACUUUCCCAGAACCUCCCCAAAGACACCCAUUUCCAAAACUCUUCCAUGCUGAAAGGCUUCCCUGAGCUUGGCAGCAGCCCGACGUCGACCAGUUAUCACUCCAACAGCUCGUCUGACCACGAGUCCUCUGCUGUGCUUUGUAGCUCUCCAGAGACUGACGACGCAUUUUCCCCAAUUGACAGAGAAACCUUUCUGGGUAGGAGGAGCAGGUUUCAGCGCAGCAAAGCGACAAGCUGGGGGAAGGAAAUGGUUCAGGACUCGGACGCUGCUACAUUUAGCUGUUCACAGAUUGGUAGUGGCUUCACAGUGAAGCAUCAUGGACCUGAGAGCAUUUCUUACGUUCUGCAAGGCCAACCGAAGGCAGCAGCACUUCUGAAAGAAUCAGAGGUUUCACAUGAAAACUUGGUUUCAAUGAGUGCUUCAUCUUCACCCAGUUCCUGUCCUGAGUCUGGUGCUAUCCCCCCUGAUACGCCUUCCCUGUGUGUCAAAACACAGACCUCCACUUCUGGACAAAAAAUCGGCCAGCCAGUGACAGACAGUACUGUAUCUAUCCAGAGUAAAGCUAAAGAGCCUUGUUUUGAGGGGUCUUUACCUUGUUCUCCUCACACAAGGGGAACAGUUGCGCAAAGUAAAAGAAGUGCAGGGUCGUUAAAGCACCACAAAUCUGAAAGCCAAUCACAUUCAUCAAUGAAUGCUCCAGAGAGGGUCCAGCCCCAACCACCGGCAAAAGAGACACCCACAAGGACAACAAACGCUGUGCUUUCUUCCCCUGAUGUGGGUUUAAAAAAGCACUCGAGCACAAAAGUGGUGUCCACACCAGUGGAGGAGAACUGGAUGCACUCCAGUCUACCAGAGUUCAGCCAAUCACAGCCUGAGGAGUGCUCAGCCCUGCCAAGUCCUGAGAGAGAGAUGGCGCAGCCGUACUCCAGAGUGGGCGAAUCACUGGAGUGCCACACUCUGGUAAAAGGCCUCCGAUCCUACGACGCCUUGUCACCGCCGACCUCCCCGCUUCCACGGCCUGCCCCCAGCCUCUGCUCCAAGUGGAGGAAAGAGAGGGAGGUUGACCUCCGAGAGGCGACAACUCCAGGAACUCCUACAUCAAAAGAAGAUCCUCGAGCCUCGAAGACCCCUGUGCGUAGUGGAAUAGGGGCUAAAAGGGGCCUUGUGUCCCGUGCAGGACCUUCCAAUGGCACAGGGAUUCCCAGGGUGCGCUCCAAAACUGAGCCUUCAAAUGGAGCCCCAACCUCUGCUCAACCACCCACACCCAGUCGGCCGUCUACUCCUCGUAGCAUAUCGAUGCGCUCCUCUGCUAUCACGCGGUCAGCUGCUGUUCAGACAGAAGGGAAGCGCAGUCAUAGCACACGAGAGAGAACUGUAAGUGAGCAACAGACUCCUGAAAAGCCCAACUUAACCCGCAGGACCUCGGAAAGAUCCCUACCAGAGAAAAUCUCCGGUAGCAGCCAGCCAGCCUUCAUCAGAGGGACUCCUCUAAGGGUGUCCAAACGUGUCGCUCCAAAUUCUGAGACUCAGGCACCCUCACAGCCGCGCACUGCCCACAGCCCGUCCUCUGCCACAGCCAAGACUAUCCGCACGGCAGUCAUAUCUGCUGCUCGAAAUAAAACUGCCAAGACAACAAGCACCAGCAGCUCUCCUACUAGCUCUAAAAUACCCUCAGCGUCACGUAUUCCCAAAAUGCCUCGAGCUGCUGCAGCACAGCCGCUGUGGAAGUGAACAAGUGCCUGUACUGCACAGGGUUUUCACCCUUUUCAUUUCUGUUUGGAUCCGCGUCCUUGGAUGUUUCUUCAAACCAGUUUUAAUUUCAGAUGAAUAUUCAUGAAGAGUGUGAGUCAUCAGUCAGAUUUCUGGUCUUCUAAAUUCAGCUUCUCUCAAAUGUGCAUGUAUUUCUGGGUGCUUGGGUUUCCAAUAUGUGAAAUGGAGCUGCACUAAAAGCGAUGGGGGCAUUUUCAUCACAUCUGCUUCAUCUCACAAACUCAAAGUAGAUGCUGCAAAUCCUACCUCUUUUGCUCACAGUUGUGUCCUUUGCAGGCGAUAGGACACUACAAGAAGACUAGACUACAGUCAUUUUCACAUGUUGAACAGGUCAACACUGAUUUAGCGUCUGUUAAACACUAAAAAGUGACAAUACUGUGUGCCUGUCUUGACAAGUAUGCUUUGUAAGAACUGUAACUUGGGACACUAUUGCAAUCUGGAGUAUCAAAAAAGGAAGUUUUUUUGGUUUUAAUAAAUUGCCCAAAUGUUUUGCAUACUGUGAGCCUCCUACCCCUAGAGACCGCUGUGUUCUCACAUUUGUCUGCCUUACAAACUGGCCCGAACUCGGUACUAUAUUGAACUGUUAAUCCCCUUGUUGAGAGGUCUCAUUGUUCUGAUGCACUUUACAAACUGAAGAAGAGGCUUCGAGGAGACGACUUCUGUAAUUUUUGUUAUUUUAUGUGAAAAGAUUCUAUAACUUUAUUGAAUAGCAUUGGUUGUUCAUUGUAUUAUGUGGUUUGAUAAAAAAAAGAGAUGAUGAAUAAAGACCGUAAUAUGA